CAGGGAAUUGUACGCACGUAGCUAUAUAUACUUGGUGAUUUGGUUGAGGAGCAAAGUAGAAGAAAUAUAUAACUAGGAGUAUUUGGAGUUUGAGACACAGGGUGCAUUGGGUAAGGUGGUAUAAGCUUUGUUUUCCCACUGAGGAGGGGGGUUUGGGAAUCAGAAAUCUCACUGAUAUUGAAAAGGCUUUUUCUAUUAAGUUAUGGUGGAAGUGGAAAACUCAAAAGUCUUUUUGGUGUAACUUUAUUGGAGCUAAAUACCCUAGGAGGGAUAACAUGGCACCAAAAGUGACUGACUCAUCAGUUUGGAGAAGGUUAUGUGAUAUCAAUAGCAUUGCCACUGAACUGUGUAGUUUUGAGGAUGGAAUUAUUACCUGGAAUCUUGAAGGCAAUGGACAGUUCUCAAUCAAAUCAGCCUACAAUGAAGUUAGGGAGAAGAGAUAUAUUACUUUCACAGCAAAGCAUAAUUGGAAUAAACACCAACAUAUGCAAAUAAAGGUAUUUAUGUGGAAGCUGCUUAAUAGUUAUUUACCUGUGACUGAUAAUUUACAAGGAUUUCAUGUAGUUAUCAACCCCUCCAGAUGCCCCUUAUGCAAGAACCACAGGGAUUAUACUAAUCAUUUAUUUUUUGGGUGCACUUUGUGAGGAAAAUUUGGAAUUACUUCAUGGGGAUUUUCAAUAUCCCAAUUCCUAGGGCUGGUUCUAUCAGACAGGUGCUUAUCAUAUGGUGGUUAGAAGCGGGCUCUAAAUCCUUUUCUGAUAUCUUCAAACAUAUCCUCCCCGGUGUUAUAUGUUGGCAUAUAUGGAAGGUUUACUCAUCACACAUUUGGGGUUCUACUCCAAUACCAAACUAUGAACACAUUAUUUCUCAAAUUAAGGAAUAUACUCAGAAGUGGGCGGGCGUGUACACGGAUGAAACUAAAGCCGAGGAAGGUCGAAGGUUUGCUUUUCCAAGAAAAUUUAAUUCCUUCUAACUUUAGGUUUCACAGCACAGGUUGGAAGAUGGUGAAGUGGAAAAGACCUAUGAACAACUUCAAAUUAAAUGUUGAUACUUCGUUUUUACCUGGUUCGGCGAAAGGAGGUGCUAUCCUUCAAAAUCGAGAAGGCGAGUUGAUCUGGGCUACUUGCUUCAAAGUUACUGCUGCAACGAGUGAGAUGGCGGAGCUUCAAGCGAUUAUCCGAGCAGCGUCAAUGGCGAUGGAAAUGGGGUUUGUUGACUUUCAGGUAGAAUCCGAUGC